CUCACUCACGAACUCCUACGUACGCUACACAGGCCAGUAAAUUAGCUAGACAGAUAACGUAGCGUACAUGCCUGCUGAUCAUAUGGAAAAGACCGUGCCAACAGUUGUUCCUGCUCGACCUCCCAACAGCGAGGGGGAGCGGAAGUCAACCAACUUCCAUCCUAGCUUGUGGGGCGAUUUCUUCCUCAACUAUGAGCCGCCAACUGCGCCACAGCAAGCAUGCAUGAAAGGAAGGGCUGAAGUGUUGAGAGAAGAAGUUAGAACAUUAUUAAAGGGUUUAAAGGAAGUACAAAAAAUAUUGGACAUUACAAUGGCAAUACAACGGUUGGGACUAGACAUGUACUAUGUGAACGAGAUUAAUGAGCUGUUGCACUUUGUUUACAGCUCUGAUUACAAUGACAAAGAUUUGAAUUUAGUUUCACUUCGAUUUUAUCUUCUGCGAAAGAAUGGCUACAAUAUGUCAUCCGGUAUUUUUCUCAGUUUUAAAGACAAUGAAGGGAAUUUCAUUGUUGAUGACACAAGAAGUCUUUUAAACUUAUAUAAUGCAGCAAACCUUAGGGUUUAUGGAGAGAAGGUGCUUGAUGAGGCUGCAACUUUCACUAUAAGUCGCCUUGAGGGUGUGUUGGAAUCAUCAGACUCAAUAUUAUCAACGGAAGUAUCCUUUGCCCUUGAAGCACCAAUAUUCCGAAGGGCACGAAUUGUAGAAAUGAGAAACUACAUUCCUAUUUAUGAAAUAGAGGCUACAAGAAAUGAAACCAUAUUGGAGUUUGCGAAACUGAAUUUCAACCUUCUGCAACUUCUUUACUGUGAGGAAUUAAAUAAGAUCACAUUGUGGUGGAAGGAGCUUAAAGUCAAAUCAAACUUGAGUUUUUCUAGAGAUAGGAUAGUAGAAAUGUAUUUUUGGAUGAAUGGAGCACUAUAUGAACCUCAUUACUCUCACUCCAGAAUUAUACUUACAAGGGUGACAGCAUUUAUGACAAUAAUAGAUGAUAUAUUUGACACAUAUGGUACAACAGAAGAGAGUAUGCUACUUGCUGAAGCAAUUAAUAGGUGGGAUGAAAGUGCAAUAGGACUGCUCCCAGAGUAUAUUAGGGGGUUCUAUGCAUACUUGUUGAAGACAUUUGACUCAUUCGAGGAAGAGCUUGGACCUGAGAAGAGAUACCGUGUAUUUUAUCUAAAAGAAAUGCUAAAACGGUUAGUUCAGGCCUACACCAAGGAGUUAAAAUGGCGUGACGAGGAUUAUACGCCAAAAACGUUGGAGGAACAUUUUGAGGUUUCAAUGAGAAGUAGUGGUGGUUUUACAUUAGCAGCUGCUUCAUUUGUUGGAAUGGAUGACAUAGCAACCAAAGACAUAUUUGAAUGGAUUUUGAGUUAUCCAUCCCUUUUCAAGACUUUUGAUAUAUUUGUGCGACUCUCCAAUGAUAUUGUAUCAAAUAAGCGUGAGCAAACUGGGGACCACUAUGCCUCUACAAUUCAAUGCUACAUGAAGGAGCAUGGGACAACAAUUCAUGAGACCUACCAAAGGUUAAGAGAACUCAUCGAAGACUCAUGGAAGGAUAUGGUAGAACAUUGCACAAACCCGAUUGAUGACCAACCAUUGAUCGUGCCCCAGACUGUAGUGAACUUCGCAAGGACAGUGACAACCAUGUAUACCCACGGUGAUGCAUUCACUUCUUCACACACAAUCAAGGAAAUGAUAUCAUCGAUCUAUGUGGUUCCAAUACAAGUGUGAAGUUUUCAUUUAACAAAAUAUAAGAAUCAAGGGUUUGAUGGUAGCAAAGAAAAAGAGGCGCAUAUAUAUAUUCUUUUUAGAAAUAAAAUAGAACUUGGGGGCAUGUCCAAGAAUUGGUGAUAAAAAAAUAGCACAUGAAGCUUAUAAUAAGAGUGGUGUAUGUGUACGACUUGUCAUUGCCAA